GCUUAAAUUUAAGUGUGUGCGGUGGUGAAGGGCACAGCUCGCUUUGGAUUUACACAGGUCCACCCGCGCCUUCCAGAGCACGCGCUUUACUUGGAUCUGAUCAUAAUACGAUACCGGUCGAUGUUUUGCGGAAAAAAACCCCAACUGUUUCUUGAAACUGUAGGACGGAAUUGUUCCACAUUGGAGUUUUCAGAUGCCGUCAAGGGUCGAUACAAUGCCCAUACGCGAGCCUCACUCCUGAAUGCUGGUUCUUGCUUUUGCAUGAGCGAAAUAUAAACAGCUGGCGCGCGUGUGUGUGUGUGUGUGUGUGUGUAUGUUUAGAAAGUCUUUAAUCAACCUGCAGUCGGUGUGUGGAGGGCAAAUGGCCACAAGGCGUGCAGCUCACAGCGCGCACACAUUCCUGUGAUGUGGUUCUGUCACACUUUGCCGAGCUUUUGUGAGACGGAAGUCGGACAUUUACGCCGACUGGACACAGUUUGAGGAGUUACACGGUUUUCUUUCAUUGUUGUGUGUCUGUUUCACGACUCUGACCACCGCGGAGUCAAUGAUGACUGAGAACAAUGAGAUGGAGAGGGAAUCUCAGCUCCAGCGCUCUCCAAGCACCAUGUCCAUCCAACCGAUGUCAUCCAAGCUCCAGAGACUAAAACGCUCGCUGUCCUUCAAGACCCUCAUGCGCAGCAAAAGCGUGGAGAACUUCUUCCAGAGGUCCUACAGCGAUGCUCACCUGCCCCCAGAUUUCAUCACCGACCCACCGCCUCCUUCUCCCCCUCUGCCGCCUGGCUCUCCCCUCGUCGGCGACCGCUCACCGUCUAUUUCACCCUCUCUCAGCCCCAACCCCUCCAUCUCCUCCCACUCCCCCUCCCUCAGCCUUUCCCCAUCACUGCCCACCAAGCCGCCCCGUCCUCAGAUUACUCACUGUUUCCAGGACCAUGUCUUUCGCAGACCCACCAACUGCCAGCACUGCAAGCACAUGAUAGUGGGAAACUCCAAACAGGCUCUGCGGUGUAAAACAUGCAAGAUGGCUGCUCACCUGUGGUGCACUUCAGAACUAUCGCAGCAGCAGUGCCACGGGAAGUCAGGAGCAUUCAAGCGAAACUUCAGCUCGCCGAUGCUCGUCAAUGACCAAUUGUCUGUCGUCAAGGAAGUUCAACCGAGCCAAGAGGCUGUGCGGCUGCGUGUAGAUCCCGUGUAUGCCGCCUUGCGCUUCGGGACAUCCUUGGCACAGAUGAGCCGCUCCAGUUUUGGCAGUUUGUCAGAGUCGCCAACACGCAGCCUGGGAGAGGGAGGUGAGGAGAUGCAGCAGAGACAGUACAGCAUGGAGGAAGAGAUAACUCAGGAGACGGGGGAUAUCCCUGUACCCGAAGUCGAGAUCGAGCAGGAGGAGGAAGAGAGCUUCAGCCAAGCUCCGACUCCUGCAGAAGCUCCGACUGCUGCAGAAUCUCCGACUCCUGCAGAAGCCCAGACCGCUGCAGAAGCCCAGACUCCUGCGGAGGAGAGCAGUGUGAUGGUGCCCAAGCGCAUUGACGUUCACUCCAUCCACACCUAUGUAGCGCUCUACAAGUUUCUGCCUCAGGAGCAGAAUGACCUGGAACUUCAGCCCGGUGAUCGUGUGCAGGUCACUGACGACUCUAACGAAGAGUGGUGGAAGGGAAAGAGUGGCGACAAAGUCGGCUUCUUCCCGGCCAACUUUGUGCAGAGGGUCCGGCCAGGAGAGAGAGUGUGGCGGGUGGUCCAAGGCCUUCCCGGCAACCGAGAGAGAGGACACAUGGCCGUGAGGGAAUCCCAGAUCUGCGUUGGAAAGCAGGAAGACGGCGAGGUGUUUCUGAAGCUGAGCAGCGGAAAGAAGAGAGGGUUGGUCCCAGCUGACUCCAUAGAGGAGAUCUGAGCUUCUGCUCCUUCCACUUCUCCUUUUCCCUGGGAGGCACUCUCAUUCAGACAAUCACCAUCAGCUCUACCCUGCCCUGCCGCAGCCUCUCCAACCACUCCUGAGUGACUUAAACCGAACGACGAUAAACUGGACCACAAACACACACUUCUUCAAAGAGCUGGAACCUGAUGAACACAUGGUUUCCAAUUGAUUACUGUCUCAAAAAGAGUGUGCAGUUACGCAGAACUCGUAGAAAGGCCCUGUUUCUCAGCAGUCUAGUUUUAUCUUUCCAAUACACAAACAAAUCGAUGUAAAAAAACAUGCUUUAAAUAUGCUUGUCAGAUGACUGUUCACGUUUAGUUUCUUCCCAGCAAAAAGAUGUGGGAGGAAGCUGAGUCCUCUCAUGGGAACAUGAUGCCUCUGUCAGUGUCCUUUUUUUCUCGUUUCGGCCCACUCUGUCCCUGUGUUUCAUCCCUUUCUGCCUGUGUCAGGGUCUCAUGGCCUGAGGACUGAUAUCACCUUCAUGAUACCAACAUGAGGCGCCCGGCCAAGGGCAGCAACUGCCAGUCAGAGAAAGCUGCCCUCAUCCAGAAAGAGAGGAGAGGAAGAUGAAAGGAGGAGACUCGGUAUCCUCAGCAGUGUCAGGCUGAGUUAUAAUUGCACUUGCCAACUUGAGAGUUAAGAAAUGAGAAGACUUUCAAAAGAAAAGUGAAGGCUCUGGGGAUCUUUUCACAGGAAACUCAAAAACUUUCCCCCGCUGACUUUUUCAGUAUAGUAUAACAACGAAAAUAUGUGACAGCGUAUUGUUUUUCUUUCUGCUAAGAGAGCAUGAAUCGGCCGACAAAAGGUCACAUUUUGCAAAAUAAACGUUUGCUUUUUCAACCAUCUACCAACUUAA